UCUCCGAGGGUAGGCGGCUGUCUUCUCCCUCCGUCGCGGGAACGGGGUCUCCGGCGCUUCCUCUGGCGCGGGGCUUUCUGAGCGAGGAGGCGCAAGACCGUGUCCUGAGAUGAACAGAAUAAAGGUUGAUGAGGAAGAAUACUGGCACAGUUCCAAGUGUAAAGCAUUUACGUUUGAUGAUGAAGAUGAUGAGCUCUUUCAGCUGAAGGAGUCAAAACGAACAGUGAACAGCCUCCGAGAUAUUGUAGAUGACGACGAUGAUCUUGAGAAGUUUAGCUGGAGUGGGGAGCCUGUGGGCAGCAUUUCCUGGUCAAUCAAGGAGACCGCCUCCAGCAGCAACAAUACUGCUGAGGGAAGAGACUUGGGUGGGCAAAGAGGCUCUUCUUCGUAUGGAGCAUUUCCCAAGCAAGCCUCUUCUUACUCACUGAGCAGCUUUUUCAAAGGAAGAAACAAACAUGGGAGCUUUCAGUCACUUUCAGAUGCUCUUACAGACACAGGAUUUAAAAGUUAUGCCCCAGAACUGCGCAGACCAAAAGCAGACUACAAGGAUUACAGCAGUGACUGGAGCCCUAAAGACACAGUAAGACGGCUGCAGAGAGGCAAGAUCUGCUCACUGGAGAGGUUUCACUCCCUACAGGACAAGCUGCAGCUACUGGAUGAAGCUGUUGCAGUGCAUGAUGGGAAUGUCAUUACAGCCAUCCUAAUAUUUCUGAAGAGAACCUUGAAGAAAGAAAUCCUGUUCAGAGAGCUGGAGCUGCGGCAGGUGGCCUUGUGCCAUUUAAUACACUUUCUCAAGGAAACGGGGGACCAAAAACUUCUCCUGGACCUGCUGAGGUUCCUGGACAGGACAGAGGAGGUUGCAUUGACACAGUACCGUGAGCACCUGAUGAUCCAGGAUGUGGAGAAACGAAAGGAGUUUCUGAAAGGUUGCGUUGGGUUGCCAUUUUCAUUGGAAGAUGCUGCUCAUGUUCAAGACCAUUAUACGCUUCUGGAGAGGCAGAUCAUCAUUGAGGUAAAUGACAAGCAUUUAGAGUCAGCUGGGCAGACGGAGAUAUUUCGGAAGUACCCUCGAAAGGCCUCCAUCCUAAACAUGCCACUGGUCACCACGCUUUUCUACUCCUGCUUCUAUCACUACACGGAGACUGAGGGAACAUUCAGUAGUCCAGCAAACUUGAAGAAAACCUUCAAGAUCCCAGACAAACAGUAUGUGCUGACAGCCCUGGCUGCUCGUGCCAAACUCCGGGCUUGGCAUGAUGUAGAUGCUUUGUUCACCACCAAGAACUGGUUGGGCUACACUAAAAAGAAAGCGCCCAUCGGUUUUCAUCGGGUAGUGGAGAUCUUGCAACGGAACAAUGCCCCAGUACAAGUCUUACAGGAGUACGUGCGCCUGGUAGAAGAUGUUGAGACUAAGUUGAACCUUGCAAUGAAAUACAAGUGCCAUGACGUUGUUAUAGAUACCUACAAAGACUUGAAGGAUCGUCUCCAGUUGAUGGCGUACAGAUGUAAAGUUGAUCGGGGUUCUCCAGCAGAGGAGAAGAUUGAUAGCAUCCUCAGCAACCCGCAAAUCCGAUGGAAGAAUUGAGAGCUGCUCACUCAUCAUGGAAGAAGCCUGAUUUUACUGGAACAAUGAAGGCAAGCUGCCAAACAUAGCUCUGCAUUGGUUUUAAUCCACUGCCCAGAUUGUAGCUGGCUCUGCUUUUGGAUCCUGGGACAGAACCCAAAGGAGAUGUUCAGCCAACAGAACCAAAGCUAAAAAGCUGAAAUCCAGCACUCUCUUUUCAACUUGACCAUAUGAUGAAUAGAACAUGAUUGCAUAAAUGAGAAAAGUAAAGCUGGCACCUAAACACUUCUUGCAGACUAUCUGUUCAUCUGAGUCAGGAAGGAUGGCUCCCUGUGAAAUUGUUAUUUAUAGGAAUUGUUUCCAGUCCUUUCAUUUUAUCCAGGUCCAAAGUGCGGGACAGUGACUGCUUUGAUAGGAUUGAAACUCAAGAUAAUUGGGACUUUUAUUUAACUGAGGAAGGGCUGUAUAGAGAUUCUUCAAGGCGAUCUAACCCCACCCGUGUUCUUCUCCCCAGAUCAUUGUAUAAUAACCACUUGCCUUUAGGCCAAGGAGAACAUAAAACCAAUUCUAGUUGGAGACUGACUAAUAUGCUUCUUGGACAAUGGUUGCAUUUUCCCUCAGCAAGGGCUAAUAAGACUACUUGUUCUGUGGUACUUAAUUCAUAAAAUGUACCACAGGCCUGGAUCCCUUUCUCUUCUGCCCUCUUUCUCCUUCAUUUUUUCCAUUCCUGUAAAUAAAGCUUUGCCUCCCUC